AUGGGCAGAUUCACGAAAGCCAAGGGGCCUGCAGCUGCGAGUGCCGAAAGCAGUGCUGGUGGCCAGACGCCGUCGCUGACGCCGCUGUCUACACUUGCGCGGAUGCAGCCGUUGCCGUUGAGCCUGGUGAACACCGUAGCUCGUGUCACCUACAUCUGUGGGCACGCGGUUGGCAAGUACCCGGCAUUCAAAGUGGUGGUGAGUGGCCAGGAAGCCGAGGGUGAGGUGACGCAGGUCCUCGUCAAGUUCAACGGCAUGCCUCGGGAGGUGCCGCAGCUUGACUCUCUCGUCGAGCUACAGGGCUGCGAACUGAGGGAUGCGUGGCGCAAUGCCACUGGCGCCAUCCCCGAGGGGCAAGUGAUUGCAGGGCUUUCGUCUCGCGAACUUGCGCUGAACUUGCUUCAGGGCAAGAGGAAGCGCGAAGCUCCGCAGUGCCUUGUGCAUUGGCAGAUUGACCGGUCAACCCUCCGAAUCUUGGUGGGCCACCCCGACGCAUCGACAUUCCCCAAGGCGACUUUUGAAUUGCUGGAGCUGAAGCACCUACCUGCGGACAGCUUUGGGUGCUGUGGAUUCAAAAUCUGCGAGGUGGGGCCGCUUGGAGGUGACGGAGAUAAGGUUCGCCGACAAAUCCGAGUGUCGGAGAUUUCAGGGACGGCCGAAGUGAGCGAAAAGAGCAGCGACGUGGAGCGCAACUUGGCCACGCUGACGCUGGCGGCCAAGCGUUUAGAAGUCAACGAUUUCGCGGGUGCGGUCACUGCCUUGGAGGGCCUCACGGGCGACUGCCAACGUCGUGCCGGCAGCUGGCUCCGUAGCGCACGUCAAGGCCUCCUAUGGCAACAGACCUUUGAGGCCCUGCAAGCCAAGGCACAUUGUUUGAAUGCUGCCUGA